GCGGAACGGACACGGUACACACACAGACACACUGAACCCGCCAGCAACAGCGAUCGACCACGAUUCGAACCUCUGAUUUGAGGCGUAGGUACCUCGUGGUGGGUGUGCAUGGUGGCAUUUCUGUGCUGUGGAGCUGCUGUAAGAGUAUAGGAAGCUCAAUUCCACCGUCCUAGGGCAUCCCCAUCUGCCGCCCAUCCGUCAUCUCCGCCUGCCCCAGACAUGUCCAGCACAGAUACCACCAGGAGGAGCUCAGUGGCCGGAAUUACGUCGAUACUGUCGUCCCACUCGGGCAACGGCGGCUCGUCGGCCUCGGGGUCGCCGUUUAACUCGAAGAACAAGCCGCAGAUCAUCACCCCCAGGAUCCAGGAGAGCCAGCUCGGCGAGGCGAUCCAGUACCGCUCGCAGAUCUUGGCCGACUUCAAGGAGCUUGGCCAGCCGGACCUUGUCCACCUCUCCAAGUACGACAAGUCCAGCAAGCAGGAGGUCGGCGACUACCACUACGUGACCGGCAUAAACACGUCCUCGGUCAUCCAGCCGUUCAUGUAUCUGCAGACAAUCCAAUUGAGUGACAAGGAGGCCGCAACCAACAAACACAUGAAGAUCGGAACAUACUGCUCGUACAACAUCUUCAGCAAGGGAGAUCUGCGGAUCCGCUGCCAGUUUCCCGGCUCCGCCUCCCCGAUGAUCCAGUUUGUCCCCUCAAAUAGGGCUAAAAUCACCAUCACCAUAGGCACCGAGGACGAAAAGCACCAGGCGCUCUGGACGGAGACCUACGUCUCCUCCCUCAUACGUUCCAUCCUCUUUGCAGACUCGAUCGAAAGACAUCUCCCGGGAAUGUGCAAGUUCAACCCGAUCCAGUCCACAAAAGAUACCAAGGAGGCCAUCAAGUUGCUCUGCAGGUUCUUGCAGAGAGGCCCCGAGACAGGCUGCUCAGAUAUCAUCAACAGGCCCUCGUACACCAACAACUUUCUUGUCGACACCCUCUUCAAGCUCCUAUCCAUAACUAGGUACCAUGACCUUGCCAUCGAGGAAAUCGAAAGGGUCAUGGUGAGCAAGAAAAUCAACCUAAAUGUGUUGAUCGUGCGGAUAUUGAUCAUGAAGAACGACUUUGCCAAAGCGGUCCGACUAAUGCACGACUGUUUGCUGAAGAUUCCAAGGGACGGAUGGAUGUUGAACGAACAGGCGAUGUUCUUGAUCGACCAGAACAGGCCCGACUUAGCGUUGAUCCCAGCGAUGAUUUCUGUCGAAUGCCUUCCCUCGGAAUUCCUGUGCUGGAAAAACUUGAUCAUAAUAUACAUUCUGCAAAAAGACCUGAAAAAUGCCUUGUUAGCCCUGAAUUCGUCUCCAAUGUACACCAAUAAAAGAAAGGACAUUUAUGCCGCCCUCAAGCCUAAGAACUUCGAGUUCCCGUUCCCGCUAGAAGGGAAGAUCGAAAACGUAUGGAAGGAUUGUGAGGCUUUUGGUUGCAUCUCCGGGAUUGGAGGAAUCGUCGAGUUCUCCCCAAAUAGAGAAAUAGAUAAGACUAGCAAGUACCGUCUCAGAGUCUACGAAGAAACUAAACUAAACUGUACAUUCAAAGAAGCGUAUGACCUACUGGCAAUUAUGACCAAGCAGUGCGGAUGGGGAGACCUCCUCAAAAUCCGGUCUGAAAUUUUUGUCAUGGAGGACGAAUAUAACGAAGUGGUAAAAAGCGAACAGCAAAGGGAAAAUUCGAACUCCAAGCUAGAAAAGAAGCAAGAAACCAACGGGUCUGUCCAGGCCAACGGGUCCAACGGUCCCAACGGUUCCACCGACUCGCAACAGCAGCAGCAAUUGCUAGGCCCAAAUAUAGAAAAUGACUUGGACGAGAUAAGUAGAAAGAAGUUGACCGAGCUGAAGAACGCAUCAACCCUGUCAUUGGCGGACAUCUCGAACCGGUUUAAAAGCAAGAGGCUGAGCGAGAAGUGGCUAGACUCGCUUUUCUUGAUAUUCUACGAAAACUUGAAGAACGUGUUGAUCUACCAGAAUGACCUCGUCUCCAAGCCCGACGUGCAGUUCUGUCCCCUCGAGUGGGAGCUCAUUGGCGAGGAGUGUUUCAAGGUGCACUUCUACGCAGAGGGGUUGGUACCGUUUGACACGUGCCUCAACCAGCGCUUCAGCAUCUACGCGUGCUACAAGCUCUUGAACCACUUCUUGGCCCUCACAAAACACGAGGCCGUAUUCGCCGAGUUAAACCUCGCUGGAAGCGACGAUGACAAGCGCCUGCUCAAGGAGAAGCUCACCCUCGACCCUGACUACGUCCUCAAGCUCUGCUGCAAGCUUAUCAGCUGGACCUCGCGGUUCUACGGCGAGCUUCCACUUCUCUGCUUCGAGACGCUGCAGGCGCUCAUGAACAUGCCCGACUGCGAUGCCACCGUCUUGAAGAGCAAGUUGGAGUUUCUUCUGCUCGAGAUGGAGGACACCGAGAAGAAGAAGCACAGAGAGGCUACGAGCGACGAAAAAAGCCUCUACCGGGACAUGGAAUCAAGCCAGGGCAUUUCCGGGCUCGUCGAGAGAUACAUCUCGUGGCUGAAGCAAUUCGACGAGGACGAGAACUGAACCCAAAGUAGGCAGUUGGCCCGUACCCUUCCUUAUCCCCCUAUAUACACUCCAUAGCUGUAACAAGAUAGACGACCCAGAACCAGGCCC